UUUCAGCAACAAUCAUGUGCAGAGAGAAAUCCUUCUCAAGCUAUGAGGGAUUACUGUUACGCUUCCUCCAAAUUACAGUUAUACUACUCCAACAAACUUGUGCUGCAAAUAAUAACCACACAUGUGCCCCAUCAUCCUGCGGCAAAAUCACAAACAUAAGACAUCCAUUUCGACUGAAGCAUGACCCAGCAAACUGCGGGGACCCGAGGUACGAGCUAGCUUGCGAAAACAACGUCACAGUGUUGACUUUGUUUUCGGGUAAAUACUAUGUGGAAGCAAUCAACUACAAAAAUUUCACAAUCCGGCUUGUUGAUCCUGGUAUUCAAGAGUCUGAUAAUUGCUCCUCCAUUCCUCGCUAUUUCUUAUCCGCAUCCAAUUUCACUGAUUCUUACAAUUACGGUGGUUUGUAUAAUAGUUACUACACGGAUCCAUAUCAAGCCACUCAAAUGAGAGAAGGGAUGCAAACUUUCAUUCAAUUCCUGCACGUAAUUUACUUGAACUGUAGCAAUCCAGUGAGGGAUGAUGUUCAAUAUGUGGAUACAGGUCCGUGUGUCAAGUGGCAUUCCAAAGGCCAUGUUUAUACUAUCGCUGGGGACUUGUCGGCUGGGAACUUGAAAGCUGAUUGCCAUGUGAAGUUGAUUGCUGCAACAUCAGUUUUUGGUUCGAGAUAUAUUACUGGUUCGAAUUUGGGUAUAUACAACCAAACCUUUUCCUAUGAUGAAAUUCAUGAGAUGCUAGUUUAUGGAUUUGAUGUUUCGUGGAUGGGUCGUCCUUGUGAAGAUCUUUGUGGAAAGCGAGCUUGCUACUUAAAUGAAACAACUGAGAGUCCUGGAUGCGAAUACUGGUCUGAUUACUGUGCUACUCCAUUGGGAUUUGAGGUCAGAUGUGGAACUCUAUCAAAGCAGCGCAUAUUUGUGGAAGAUAUUAUAUAUGGCAUUGCUAAAGGAGUAUUACAAGUAAUAGGUUGGAAAACAAACAGUGCAUCCAGAGGCUUUUCCGAUUCUAAACUUGGUAUUGAGAUAGGAAGAUAUACGGGAAGGUAUGUCUUGUCAUCAUACAUUGCAAUAAAAAUUGUGUUGGGCCUCAUAGUUUUCUUUGCGCUAUUGAUAUAUACAUGUCGAAGAAGACAUGCAUCAAUAUAUGAAAUUAUAGAAGAUUUUUUGCGAGGAAAUACCCUCAUGCCAAUAAGGUAUUCAUACAAAGAGAUAAAGAAGAUGACUAGAGGUUUCAAGUACAAGCUUGGUGAAGGAGGCUAUGGCUCUGUUUAUCAAGGAAAGUUACGCAGUGGGCCCUUUGUUGCCAUAAAGAUGUUGGGUAAACCUAAGGCUAAUGCGCAAGAUUUCAUAAGUGAAGUCGCAACCAUAGGAAGAAUACAUCAUGCCAAUGUGGUGCGACUUAUUGGAUUUUGUUUUGAAGCAUCAAAACGUGCUCUUGUUUAUGAAUAUAUGCCCAAUGGCUCUCUUGAUAAAUAUAUUUUGUCCAAAGAGAAUGAUAUCUCUUUAACUUAUGAGCAAAUGUACGAUAUAUCUCUAGGAGUGGCUCGUGGUAUUGCUUAUCUACAUCAAGGCUGUGACAUGCAAAUUUUGCAUUUUGAUAUCAAGCCCCAUAACAUCCUUCUUGACGACAACUUUAUCCCUAAGGUUUCAGACUUUGGUCUUGCAAAGCUUUAUCCUAUUGACCAUAGCAUCGUCACUUUGACUGCAGCGAGAGGAACAAUUGGAUAUAUGGCUCCUGAAUUAUUCUACCAGAACAUUGGAGGAGUAUCCUACAAGGCUGAUGUCUACAGCUUUGGAAUGCUUUUGAUGGAAUUGGCAAACAGGAGAAGAAACUUGAAUCGACAUGCAGAUCAUUCAAGCCAACUUUUCUUUCCCUCUUGGAUUUACAAUCAAUUGAUUGAAGAAAGGGAGAUAGAAACGAAAGAAGUUUCCAAUGAGGAAAAGAAUAAUGUGAAGAAGAUGUUCUUAAUUGCACUAUGGUGUAUACAGUUGAAACCCACUGAUCGUCCUUCAAUGAACAAAGUAAUAGAGAUGCUCGAAGGAGAUACUGAGAGCAUUGAAAUGCCUCCAAAGCCUUCUUUUUAUCCAACUGAAAUGAUUCAAGGAGAUCUCGAAAUCAACUCUGACCAAACUCUAUCAGAUGAUGAUGCUACCUCUACUAGUAUUUUUGAAGAAACAAUAGUCGGUCCUUUAUUGAAGUAUUCUGCUUAACAAUUGCUAGUAAUUUGCUUUUGCAAAUAUAUUUCUUAGUUAUCUAUUAAAGAAACAGAUCA